AUGUCUACAACAGAUACAACGACAACUGCGUCUGACACUGCGAUCACACCGUCAACAUCAAGUACCGAUGUGAUUGCUGACCAGCAUGUUGGUGAUGCUACCACCACAUCAACAACAACAACAGAGACAUCAACAACAGAGCCAUCAACAGAGUUAUCAACAACAACAACAACAGAGGAUAAACCAAUGUCAAAGGGCCAGUUGAAGAGACAGUUGAAAGCUGAAAGAUGGAAUCAAAUGAAGGAUCAGAGGAAGGAGUACUUUAGAGAGAAGAAGCGUGAGAAGUUGAAGAGGAAGAAACAGGAGAUGACACCUGAGCAGCGCAAGGAGAAGGAGAUUAGAAAGAGGAAGAAGAGACGCGACCCAAGCACCAUCGACUACAGCGGCAAUGUCAUUCUAGACAUGGAGAUGUCGCAUCUGAUGGGAUCAAAGGAGGAGAAGAGUCUCAUCAACCAGGUGUGCUACCUGUACGGCGCCAACAACAAGGCCGACCGUCCACUCAAAGUGGACAUCACCGGCUACACGGGCAAGGUGCGCGACACCAUGGAGUCAAUGUCUGGCGUGGCCAACUGGAAGCUGACCAAGCACACUGAGACCUACAUGGAGCUGUUUGACAAGCAGGAGCUGGUCUACCUCACAUCCGACUCGCCAAACUCUAUCCAGACACUGGACCCAACCAAGCGAUAUAUCAUUGGAUCAUUCGUAGAUCACAAUCGAUACAAAGGAUACACAUACAAGAAGGCAACUGAUCAAGGUAUCGCAACAGCUCGUCUACCAAUCAGUGAAUAUAUAACAUUAUCAUCACGCAAGGUGUUGACAGUCAAUCAUGCAUAUACACAGAAUGGAGAUUGGAAACAGUCGUUCGAGCAGAUUAUACCUGCUAGGAAGAUAUCUGAUGAUCCAGAUAAUGAAGGCGAGGACGAAGACUACAAUGAGGAGGAUGAAGGAGAGAACAACAACGAAGACAAGAAUGUUGACCAAUCGACCAUUAGUGCAACAUCCACAACCAAUGAUACAACAGCCAAUGAUACAGCAACAACCACAACAACAACAACAUCUACUACAAGUACUACUCCUCCUUCUACAACAAAAUCCGAGACACCAACAACAACAGCCAAACUAGGUACCAAUCCCGAGACAUUCAUCCAACCAGAUCGCAAUCAAAUAUAA